AUGGUCGUGUUUUAAUUUUUGAAACUUAAUUCGGCACUUUAUUCAGAUCUUUUUAAAAGCAUGAAGAAGAUAUUAAUUGUAUUUUAUAUAAUUUCGAAAAAAAUGUAUUUUAUGUUACUGGUGCUGACUCCAAAAUAGCAGCUUUUAAAAAAAAUUAAUAAAAUGAAUGGACAUUUAUAAGUGAAUAAAGAGGAUAAUCCCAUGAUAUUAAAGGUUUGGAAUUAUUAAAUGAAAAUAAGUUAAUUUCGGUAGGAAUAACAACCGACUUUGCUAUUUAUAAUUUAGAUGAAGAUGGAUAUUUUUAAGGAAAAACUAAACAUAUUGUAAGUUUAAAUCAAAAUUUGA